AUAUAUUCAUCAGUAUGAGUGGAGAAGCUCAUUAGACCUGCGGGUGUCGACACUGACCUAUGCUGGAGAGAACCGGAGAGUAGCGUGUUCCUGCUGCGCUAAUUCUACUACGCGCAUAUAAUCGCACCGGAUUGCUAGCUGUUCACCAGUUAUCUGGAAAACGUACACGCAUUAUCAUGGAACCAAAUUUAAUUCUAUUUUUUUUUAGAGGGGAAUAAACAUACAAAAAACGAACGACAGCAUGUGCAUUGUGUUCGAUUCCUUUGUGUUCUUGUUAAGAAAUUAAUCGCAUCACGCCUGGAUACAGCCUACUGAAGGAACUGCGCUGCUGAAGGCGCCAUCAGUUUGGAAACAAUUCAACAGCGAUAUCUGGAGCGGAAGAGACGGUGUACCCAAAUACGCAUGCGUGUCAUCACCAGCACGGUUUGGAUCUCUUUUUUAAGUGGGCCCAGAGGAAAAGCAGUCACGCGGAGGCACUGAAAACCGCGCACGUGCAAUGGCAAUUCUCGCCACUUCGAUCUCAAACGACUCCAUCAUUAGACCAGCCGGAUUUUACGUAAUCGGUUUUACGUAUUUAAAGUUCGGUGAUUUAUAUUUAAUUUUCCUCGGUUUCAUUUAUGUCGUAACGGUUUUGUGCAACUUCUUUAUCAUUUUCAUUAUAUGGACAGAUCAUCGCCUGCACACUCCAAAGUACAUUGCGGUGGCUAAUUUAGGGGUUGUCGAUUUGAUUUCCAGUACAUCCUUGCUUCCAAGUACGAUCAACAUGUUUGUGACAAAAGAUACCUUCAUGUCCUAUGACGCAUGUUUGAUACAGAUGUUUUUUUAUUACGGUUCUUUAGCUCUAGAGUCAUUUUCCCUCGGUGUACUGGCUUAUGACCGGUUGAUUGCGAUAUGUUUCCCCCUGAGGCACAGUACCAUCAACACACCCACAAGCAUGAUCAGUAUUUUAGCGGUUGUUUGGUCGUUUUGUGUCAGCGUCACGGUGUUCAUGAUCUUGAUCUUGGCGAAACUGUCUUUUUGUGAUUCCCUCACUGUGUACAACUUUUUCUGUGAGUACGCAGCCGUGACCAAUCUGUCAUGCAACGAUAACGCACUGCAUUGGGCCGCUGGCUCUUCUCUGAGUAUGAUCAUUUUGUUUGCGCCCCUUAGUUUCAUCCUCAUAUCAUACGUGUGUAUUCUGGCAGCCGUGUUUAGAAUGAAAAAUGUGGAGAGUAAAUACAAGGCACUUGCAACUUGCACUGAACAUCUGGUCCUUGUGGCGAUUUUCUAUGUGCCGAUCAUAACGCUGUACAUCACUGAACUUUUCUUAUUUCUCGUCAAUCCAAAUGUCAAAAUGGUAAACUUGUCGUUUGCCUCAUGCCUCCCGGCUUGUCUGAACCCCAUUGUGUAUUCCCUGGCAACCAAAGAAAUCAGGAACAGAAUACUGGCUAUGCUCCAGAAAGUAAAAAUAGCAAUAGCACACCCCCAUUAAUUCCAUUUGAAUAUUGCGUUAUGAACUGUCUUAAUUAUUUUCAUUUUCUCUUUUAUCGUCUUGCGAUGUGCUCGUGUAAUACUCUAAUGUGCCAUCAGCAAGACCCUGUUCUUAAUUGACCAACCAGGCUAAAUAAAGGUAAUACAUAUACAUCUCCUGGGUCUAAUUUUAAAGGGGGACGAUAUAGCUCAGGAGGUAAGACCGAUUGUCUGGCAGUC